UAUUUCAGUGGUUUAAAUUUUAGCAAGGAUAUAAUGAAUUGUUAAAUGUUUAGACAAAAUUUCCACACUACGUGAAUCGAGAGGACCGACUUUAUAUUUUGUUGUCAUUACUAUUAUUAACUGAAAUGUUAUAUUGUUUAUAUUUUAAGUUUACUGAAUGGUUUUUUGACAUUUUCUAUUGUAACUAAAUGCCUUGUAAAAUUAUUAUUAGGCUCAUUAAGUGAUAUCUAUAAAUGCAUGCCUUGUUGUUUUAUGAAAUAAAACAUGUGUGGAACAUGAUAUUCCGCUCUGCACAACUGUUUUCUUGGGGCAAAAUAAGUAACCAUGAUAGUUCUGAUAAGCUACCUGAGUUGAAAUGCGACCGUUGCUCUUAUGUUACGGAUAAAAUUGUCAACUUCCAAAAACACAUUUCCAUCCAUGUUGGUGAUGAAAUCCCGGCGUGUGAGCAGUGUGGAGAAGAAUUCAAUGAUGAAAUUGAGCUCCUGCGUCAUCUUUGCAACUUUUCAGGGACAAAGACUAUUUGUUGCGAGUUCUGCACAAGGAAGUUUGGCUAUCUGUCGAGUCUUAAAAAACAUCAGCGUCGACAUACGAUGUAUCAAGCCCAUAAAUGUGCCUUAUGUUCCAAAAGAUUCAAUGAAAAAAAUGAGUUGAUACGCCACUCUAAGACCCAUCGAGGUGAGAGAAACUUUGACUGUGACCUCUGUGAUAAGAGUUUCUACGAGAAAAAAGAUCUGUCACGCCACUCGCAUUCUCAUAGUGGAGAAAAACCAUUUGUUUGUGUCGAAUGUGGGAAAAAGUUUAGUCGUAAGAAUGAUCUAGUUCGACAUUCACGCUUGCAUACUGGAGAAAAAUAUUUCAACUGUGAGUAUUGCGGAAAAGAGUUCUAUAGAAAAGAUAAAUUAAAAAUCCACGUUCGUGUUCACACAGGAGAAAAGCCAUUUUCUUGUGACAAGUGUGGGCGAAAGUUCAGCGCAAAAACAGAUAUGAGUCGCCAUUAUCGCUUGCAUACUGGUGAGAGACCAUUUUCAUGUGCCGACUGUGGAAAGAAUUUCAGCCUUAAAUCCAAAUUGCGUGAUCAUGUUUGUAUAAAAGAAUUGGGGUUCGAAGAUAAAUCAAUGCCUCUUACCAUUGAUUUGAAGUCUUAGCUUCAUAAAUCUGGAAUAAUUUCUGCCUUAAAUCUAAAUCCUGUUAGUGUAAAAUAUUUGGGGUUCAAAGAUAAAUGAAUGUCUCUUACCAUUGAUAUGAAGUCUUAGCUUCAUAAAUCUGUGUGUUACAGCAAAUGCAAAGUUUGAUAUUACUUAAUUAUACUAGAAAAUUUGUACAAAA